GCGGCGUUUGAAAGAGCCGCCGGGGGGGCUGGGGCAGCGAACGGCCCGGUGGGGGCGCUGAGCGAGGGGCGCGGCGGGGGCUGCCGGGAAGGGGGCGGCCCGCCGGGAUGGCGCACAAGCAGAUCUACUAUUCGGACAAAUACGAUGACGAGGAGUUUGAGUACCGGCACGUGAUGCUGCCCAAGGACAUCGCGAAGCUGGUGCCCAAGACCCACCUCCUGUCGGAGACCGAGUGGCGGAACCUGGGGGUGCAGCAGAGCCAGGGCUGGGUCCACUACAUGAUCCAUGAGCCAGAGCCCCAUAUCUUGCUCUUCCGCCGGCCACUGCCCAAGAAACCGGAGAAGUGAGGGGCUGCCGGAGCCCCCGCCACCCGGGCUAUGAGAGACUCUUCCUCCUCGACAUCCCCGGGGGCUUUUGCCCCGGUUUGGGCCCGUGACCCCCGGUGCCGUCUGGGCGCUGCGGCGGGGGCUCAGCCCCGGCAUGGGGGGGCUCUUCCCACCGCGGGGCCUGAACGGGCUCCAAAGCUUCAAUAAAUGGGUGUUUGGGA